AUGGAAGAUUCGGUCAAGGUGUCAAAGUUGGCGAACGCAGAAGAAUGGCCAUUGUGGAAGUUCCAGAUGAAAAUAGUAAUUAACUCAUUUGAGUUAGGUAGUUUGAUUACAGGGGACUGGACGAGACCAAGUCCCAAGAUAACUAAACUUUCGGACAAGGAAUCCGAUGAAGAGGCAAGAAGCCGGUAUAAAAAUCAAUUAAUCGCUUGGACAAAAGCAGACAGUAAGUGUCAAAAGGUAAUAGUAACUUCGGUAGAGAGUGGUCCAAUGCAAUAUUUAAUUAAUUGUGGAAGUGCAUAUGAAAUGUGGGAAAAAUUAUUAAGUGUCUACGAACAAAAAUCUGAGGUGAAUAUGUAUUUAUUACAACAAAAAUUUUUUAGUUACGUAAAGGACCCCACAGAUAACAUUUCAGCACAUAUUUCUAAACUAGAAAAAUUAGCUAAUGAUUUAAGGUUAGCAGGUGAAAAUAUAACAGAUAACAUGUUAAUAACAAAAAUUCUAAUGACUCUACCAAAUAGCUAUCAGCAUUUUUACAGCGCAUGGGAUUCAAUGCAAUCAGAGAAUAAAACGAUUAAUAACUUAACAAGUCGUUUGUUAUUGGAAGAAUCACGUUUGGUACAACAAAGCAAUAAGUGUAAUAUUGAUGUUGAAAAAUCUAGUGCAUUUACUACAAAAUCUCAAAAUAAGUCGAGCUGGAAAAAUGGUAGUCAGAAAAAAGGUAAAAACAAUUUUAGUAGUUCAAGUAAUACUAAAAAGAUAGGUCCAUGUUUUUACUGUGGAAAAGUUGGGCAUAUCAAGAGGGAAUGCAGGAGUUUUCUUAAAAAUCAAGGACAAUCGUCGGAUAAAGACGACAACGCAUUUAUAAGUGAGUCGACAUUGGUAUCAAUCAAAGAUGAUGAACAAUGGAUAUUGGACUCAGGUGCAUCAGAUCAUAUGUGUGCAAAUUAUGAUUGGUUUCGAGAUUACGAAAAAUUAGAAAAUCCGACUCAAGUCAAAAUCGGGAACGGAUCAAGUAUGUACGCUAUCGGUACAGGUAAAAUAUUAAUUUGGUCGUAUGUUAAAGGUAAUUGGAAUAAAAAUUAUCUAUUAAAUGUGUUACACGUGCCGGAAUUAAAAUAUAAUUUAUUUUCAUGCGGUUCAGCUUUAGAUAAAGGACUUAAAAUGAUUAGUGAUAAACAUAAAUGUGUAUUUACUAGAAACAAUAAAAUUGUAUGUGUAGCUGAGAGAAAAGAAAAAUUAUUUCAAUUGCAGUUCAAAGUCGAAGUAUUAGAUAAUACUACGCAUCAUGUAAAUAUUGCGAUUAAAGAUUCGUUGCUAUUAUGGCAUGAAAGGUUAGGACAUCAGAAUAUACAGUACGUAAUUAAUUGUUUAAAAAAACAUAAUAUUACGAUUUCUGAUAAGGGCAAUACAUUUUUUUGUGAUUCGUGUAUGUUGGGUAAACAACAUAAAUUUUCGUUUAAAUCAAGUACGACAAGUAGUGACAAAGUAGGGGAAAUAAUACACGCAGAUUUGUGUGGACCGAUGCAGAAAGAUUCAAUCGGUGGGUCAAAGUAUUUCCUAUUAAUAAAAGAUGAUUAUACACAUUAUAGGAUGGUGUAUUUUCUGAAACAUAAAAAUGAAGUUAAAAAUAUAAUCGGGACGGUUAUACAAAAAGUUAAAACUGAUACAGGAUGUAAAGUAAAAGUUUUAAGAACUGACAACGGUUUGGAAUUUGUUAAUAAUGAGAUAACUAGUAUUUUGCAGAAAUACGGAAUUAGUCAUCAGACAACAGUUCCGUACACUCCAGAACAAAACGGAAAAAUUGAACGAGAUAAUCGGACAAUAGUAGAAGCUGCAAGAACAAUAAUACAUUCAAAGGAACUGGAUAUAUCAUUAUGGGCAGAGAGUGUUAAUACAGUUGUGUAUACACUGAAUUUAACUGGUACAAGUUCAAUUAAAGGUAAAACACCGUAUGAGCUUUAUUUUAACAAAGAUCCAAAAAUAAGUCAUUUAAGAAUAUUUGGAACUGAAGUAUUCACUCAUAUUCCAAAAGAGAAAAGACAAAAGUGGGAUGCAAAAAGCAAAAAGGGCAUUUUUGUUGGUUAUAGCAAUAAUACCAAAGGUUACAGAGUAUGGUUUCCAGGUACAACUAAUAUAAGUAUUUUUAGAGAUGUUAUUUUUAAAAACGAAAUAAAUCAACAAGUAGUAGUGUAUGAUGAAAAUCAACAACAGGUUCAUGAGACAAAAUCAGAACCAGUGGAAAACGACACAGAAAGUCAACAAGAACAUCCAAAUAUGCAACUACGUGAUAGAACAAAAUUAAAACCACCAGACAGGUAUGUUGCACAAUCAUUCGUUACCAAGUAUGUAGAAACUGAGCCAUUAACAUACAAAGAAGCCAUUUCGUGUAAAAACGCAACUAAUUGGGUAGAAGCGAUGAACGAUGAAAUUAAAUCAUUAGGUGAUAAUGAAACGUGGACUUAG